AUGCAACUUUCCAAAACCACGCUCAACUCAAAGCCUCAAACGAAGAUUCCAAACGUUCCAUUGUCGCCAUCUGCGCGGCGGCGACCUGCAGACGACAACCUCCGCCGGGCCCCGAGCCAGCCCUGCGCCUGCGCAUCGCCUCCCGAGCCUCAAGGCCCGUCCUGGAUUCCCAACGACACGCGCCUCCCGUCGUCGAAUGCCACGGCCGCUUGGCCAAGCAACACGCGUGGUCCAAUGGGUGCAUCCGGCCGCACCGCCGACCUACCAAUCGAAGAUGGACCGUCAAAAAGGUCGCUCUUCUCCCUUUUGUCCUUGCCUCUGCGGUCCCGGACUCGAAAUCGCAAUCUCGCCGAGUUCUACGUGCAGGUGGACGAUCCCCACCGCCAGUACUCUGCCGGUGACCAUGUGACGGGCUCCGUCAUUCUGUCCGUCAUCAAACCCGUCCGCAUCACCCACCUGACAGUCUGUCUGCAUGGCCAUGUUCGGGUGUAUAAGAACGCGGCGCAGGUGGCUUCCAUCAACCCCGCCAUUGUCCCCAGCGAGGGGACCAGCAGCACCCGGUACUUCGGCAAUGGCCAUGCCCAGCUGUUCUCCGAUGAGCAGGUACUCUGCGGCGAAGGCCGCCUAGAGGCCAGGCGAUGGGAGUUCAAGUUUGACUUGCUGUUUCCGUCCAAAGGCCUUCCUAGUAGUAUCGAUUUUGAACGGGGUUCCAUAUCAUAUUUGAUCACAGCCACUCUCACCCGCCCAACGUCGAUAGCGCCAACGACGAGUGCUGAGAGGAAGCUCUCAUUCCUAGAGAAAGUAGAUGUAGGGCUCGUCCCAGUACCUAGGGAACGGAAAGUCACAAUGCAUGCCAUGCACAAGCGGAGAAGAAAACGGACGGCCGCCACAGCAAAUACCCCGACCAAGAAUCAUUCGACGGGUGUAGAGGGCCAUGAGCAUGUAUCCGACAUGGACUCGAUGCGGGCAAAUGAGACGUCGAAUGACAGCUCUGUCAACCUAGAAGAGUCGAUGCACCCGCGGCAGGAUGACCACCACUUACCGCGGAGUCCGAUCCAAAGCGAUAUCCAGAGCGAAGUCAGUACCGGAAGCGCCGCCAGCCAUAACAGCAAUAGCGCCCGCGGUGCUGAUGGCAGCAACGGAAGUAAAGUGUCGGGGGGAGCUACCGAGGACCGUGAAAUCACCGCCACAGUGGAACUAUUAAAAGGGGGAUGCACACCCGGAGACUUAUUGCCUGUGAGGAUCAAGGUGGACCACAACCGCCGCAUGAAGAGCUUGCAUGGGAUUAUUGUUACCUUUUUUCGUCAGGGCAGGGUCGAUUAUGCGCCUCCAUCAACGCUUUUUACGGAUCUGUCAAAGGACGACAUUAAGAAACUCGAGCGUGAGGAGUACUACCCGAAAUCGAGGACUGGUUUGGGCGGCCUGUCUUUGUCAUCAGCAGGGUCUUGUAGCGUAUUCCGGAAGGACCUCUCUCAGGCCGUCGCACCGCUCAUCAUCGAUCCGCGGACUCUAUCGGCAAAUAUCACCACGUCUGUUAGGGUACCAGAAGAUGUUUUUCCAAGCAUAAAAGGCGUCCCUGGAAGUUUAAUAACUUUCAAAUAUCACGUGGAGGUUGUCGUUGAUCUUGGCGGGCGCCUUGCUGGUCAAUCACAAGGCAGCACACAGCAGCCAACUAGAAUGGCAUCAAUGUCAGUUUCAGCUACUGGUCCUUCACAGGACUCGUACGACAGGCAGCUGAGUAGGCUUGCGAACUGGAAUGGCACGAUAGUCGACACGGAUCACCUGAGACGUGAAAAGGGGGUUAUCUCUGUCUCUUUCGAGGUCGUGGUGGGCAACGUAGACACCAACAGAUCACGCUCAAAAUCGGUUGCACGGCCGGCUCUUAACCUCCAGCCUCCAUCUGAGCACGGAUACAUUGGAGAGUCGCAUGACAUGAGCUAUACAUGGCAGGAGAGAUAUGAGGAAGAUGGCGAGCAGAGCGGGUCUAGGUCUCCCUGGAAUGCAUAUGACCAAUCGCAGACACAAGCCCCUCCGGGCCCUUCGCCUCAGGUGCCUCGUUAUGAACCCCAGGGUCAUGGCUCUCAAGCUCCAAGUUACGUACCACCACCUCAGCUUCCAGCCCAAAAUGGCUUGUCCGAGAAGGAACGUGUUCGGCAAGCUGAACAGCGCCUUUUACCGAGUCAACCCCCGGCUCAGUCGAGCGAACCUGAAGCUGGUCCCUCGCAACCAUCUGCUCCAACACCGAAUGGCUUGGCGGCGCAGCCCAGUGAUCCCGUCGCAGAGGCCGAGACUUCUCACAGUACGGGCGAGGAACCCUCUGCACCCACCCUGGCAGACCUUUCUUCAGCAACACAUACGAAUUCAACAGAUGAUAAGCAAGAGCUGGAGCGGAGGCGUCUUCUUGCAGAAGCAAGCUCGCCGCCAGAAAUGCCAGAAGACUAUGAGGCUGGCGGUCCGUCCGCUCCAGCUAUCAACAUUGCUGGGCCCCCCACAAGUGAAGAGCCUUCAGCACCAAUGUUUGAAGAGCACGAUGCGUAUGGAUCCCGUGAUCCCUACGAUAGUAUAGCUGGACCAUCGACAGCUACCAGUCCGCAUGGACAUGAUCAUGGGACAGAUGAUCUGCCCAGGUAUGAGCGAUGA